CCUGAAACUCAAAUCCUAAACCUCUUUCACUCUCACACACACACACACACACUUCACUAAGAACUAAAUAACACUUUUUCCUCUUUUUUCAUGGAUGAUCACAGAAACACAACCUCUAACGCUAUUGGACUUUGUCUCCUCCCACAAGAACUCAUCCAAAACAUCUUUCUCUCUCUUGUUUUACCCGAAAUUGUUCGCCUCAAACUCCUCAACAAAUCUUUCUCUACCAUAAUCUCCGAUCACACCUUCGUUCGUCAGUGCAACUCUCUUUCAAACUCCACCACAUGGCUCUUCGUCUACAAGAAACGCUGGCUACGCGACGCGGUGCUUCAUGCUUUCACCGAUCGGAGCUCCGAUCGCUGGUUCCGGAUUCCCAUGACGGAGCUUCUUAAACCGGUUGACUUUCACGGCGAGGAUCUUUACUUCCUUGCUGCUUCAGCAAACGUUUUUCUCUUCGCUUCCAACAACGUUCGUGAAGUCAUCGCCGUUAAUUUAGUCUCCGUCACUGUUAAAAAAAUCCCUCCUUCUCCGUUAGGUCCACGUGGCACUUCCUCGUGGAGAAGAUCGGGGAUGAAGCUUGUAACGGAUUCAUCCGGGUCGGGUCAUUUUCGUUUCAUGUUUGCGGAGUUUGUCGGAAACCGACCGGUUUUGUUUGUGUAUGAUUCAGUGACUGACACGUGGAAGUCAACGGAGGGUGAAGAAAAAGGGAACGAUGGUGUUUUGGCACGUGGAGGGAAUCACGUGUUUCUCAGUGUUGUUCAUGGACCUAGAGAGAGUGUUUUGGUUGCUUCAAGUUCAACGCCUGAUUGUGAUGUACCUGUUAUUCUACGGCCACGAUUUAAUGAUGCUGAAGGGUUAACCGUUGGAUUUAAUUGGGGGAACGUGAUUGAUAGGUUACACGUGUACGGCGAUGGGUAUAUGAUGAUUGUUAAAUCGGACGGUGAGAAUGGGAGUAGGAGGGGUUUGAGGGUUUUAAAAGAGGUGGAAUUGUGGGGGUUGAGUUUGGAUGGAAGAAAGUGGGAAUUUGUGUCUUGUGUUUCUGGUGAAGUGAUGAGAGUGAUUGAGAAACGCUAUGGAGUAAUGAUGGGUUGUUUAGAGGAGAAAAAUGGGAUAAUUAGAGCUGCUUUGGUGUCUAAUUGUGAUGGAUUUUGGGAUAUGUUGUGGUUAUCUUUUGAUACUAAAUGGAAUCGUUGGAAUUGGAUGCCACUUCCUGAUUGUAAAAUGAAAGGUUGGAACAUGGCUGGAAUAAGCUUCUCUUCUGGACUUACUUUGCAAUGAUUCAACACUCUCGGAAAAUAUUUGGGUGACAUUGUGGUUGGUGACAUGCUGCUUCUAUAUUUGUUGAUAUUUCUUUGAUGUGUGUCAAUUGUACAUGAGCAUGUAUUUAUAGUAAAAAAUCGUAAGAUACCACUGUGUAAAUGUAUAAUCUUUUUUUUUUUAUUUUUAAUAAAAGACUGCAUUUAUUAA